AUGGCUCGGGCUCUUGUUUCUACCAUCAUUGACCAGCUUGGUUCACUCAUUGCUUCAGAGUUCAAGGACCGGCUUGGUUCACUUUUUGCUUCAGAGGUCACGUCCAUUGUAAAUGUCGAGGAAGAAGUCGAAAAGCUUAAACUCAAAUUCCAAGCAAUCCAGGCAAAGCUCGACGAUGCAGAGGAAAGGCAAGUGAAGGAGAAAGCUGUGAAGCUUUGGUUAGAAAGGCUCAACGACGUAUCCUACGAGAUGGGCGACGUGUUGGAUGAGUGGAACACUGCCAAGAUCAAAGCAGAUAUUGAGAAAAGAGAAGAAGCUGAAACUAGUACUGCGAAGAGGAGGAAGGUAUUGUCCCUACCCAGCUUGAAUUCCUCAGUUUCUACUGUUUUUCAGCGUCGUGAUAUUGCUCUUAAGAUAAAAGAAGUUAUGCUAAAGUUAGAUGAGAUUGACAGAGAGGGGGAUAUGUACCAGUUUGUACUGACUAGUGGCAACGAAGAAGUUGUGAGACCACCAACUGAUUCCCAUGUAGAUGUGUCAAACAUUCUAGGUCGUGAUAAGGUUAAGGGUGAUCUAGUGAGCAUCCUAUUGGGCAGGGGUAGUGAAGAAGAAAGAAGUCCUCAUGUCAUCUCUUUAGUGGGCAUGGGUGGUGUUGGAAAAACUACUCUUGCCCAACUAGCAUAUAAUGAUAGUGAGUUGAAUUCAGCCCAUUUUGAGAAAAAAGGGUGGGUUUGUGUUUCUGAUCCUUUCAAUAAGUUUAUGGUUGCCAAAGCAAUCAUUCAAGCUUUUGAAGGUGAUGACUCCAACAUUACUCAAUGGCCGAGUCUAAUGGAUAAAAUGUGUGAAUUGAUUCGGGGAAGGAAGCUUUUUCUUGUCUUUGAUGAUGUAUGGACUGAAGACUCCACGUUGUGGGAGCCAUUCAAACUUGCACUCCAAAAUGCUGCCCAAGGAAGUAGAAUUCUAGUCACUACACGCAAAAAUAGAGUUGCAGACAUUAUGGGAAGUGCAGCAAGGAUCAAUUUGGGGCAAUUGUCUGACGAUGACUGCUGGAUGAUUUUUAGUACAAUAGCCUUUUCUGACAGGGAUUCUAUGCAAUGUAAGGAAUUAGAAGACAUAGGUAGGAAAAUAUCAAACAAGUGCAAAGGAUUGCCCCUUGCUGCAAGAACUCUAGGGAGUCUCAUGUGCUUCAAGAGUCGGAAGGAACAAUGGGAGAUGGUUUUUUAUAGUAGAUUGUGGGAAUUACAAGACGUUGAAAGAGGUCUUUUUGGGCCAUUGUUAAUGAGUUAUUAUGAUUUGCCCUCACCACUGAGACGAUGUUUCUCAUAUUGUGCUGUCUUUCCAAAAGAUUAUUUCUUUUCUAAGGAGGAUUUGAUAUCUAUGUGGAUGGCACAAGGUUAUAUUAAGUCGAAUGCAAACAAGGAGAGAAUCGUGGCAAGAGAUUACUUUGAAAUUUUACUCGUUCGCUCUCUCCUCCAAGUUUUGGGGGAUUAUGGAUAUGCUGACAAUUUUAUGAAGUUCAAAAUGCAUGAUAUAGUGCAUGACUUGGCACAGUUCAUGGCAAAAAAUGAAUGCAUCACAAUCAAUGGUUACGAAGAGUCAGGGUCAAUUCUUCAAAAUGCUCGGCAUUUGUAUUUAGAAAUUCCAAAUCAUGCUCAAAUUCCCGAGUCCAUCUAUAGCGCAAAAACUCUACGCACCCUCAUCUUUGUAGGUUAUAGUGAUCAUAAAUUGUCCGGGUUGUUCCAGCAUUUUAGACGUUUACGGACAUUAACUUUGAGUAGUCGAUAUGGUAAGUUAAAGGAAAUUCCGGAUGCAAUAGAAAAUUUGAUACAUUUAAGGUAUCUCAAAAUACGUAAUUACCAUGGAGACAGAUUACCUGAAAACAUCUGUAAUCUAUGCAAUCUACAAAUUUUGAAGAUUAAAGUUGGUAGUGAAGAUGGGUUCAUGAAAUUACCGCAGGGGAUGAGUAAACUGAUUAACUUAAAACAUCUUAUUUUGAAAGAAGAAGGUUAUUGGACCCAUCAGUUUGAGUUUCCAAGAGGGAUUGGGAGAUUGAGUUCUCUUACAAAAUUAAGUCGUUUCUAUGUAGGUGGCAAGGAUGAUAACCAAAGAUGUGGACUCGGAGAAUUAAAAAAUUUAAACCACCUUCAAGGAACUCUUAAAAUAUAUGGACUGGGGAACGUGGUAGAUUCAUGUGAGGCCAAGAAUGCAGAGCUCAAGAAGAAGAUAGGACUUCGUGAUUUGGAUCUAAAUUUUUUUGGAGAUAACUUAGAGAAUCAUGGAGGAAGAAUGGAGACUGAUGUAUCAGUUAUGAAUGCUUUAGAGCCACCUCCAGGCUUGGAGAAUUUAGCAAUUCAUUGGUACUGUGGCACCACAAUGUUCCCUAAUAAUUGGAUAAUGUCCCUAGCUAAAUUGAAAAGGCUUACUCUGAGAGGUGGCCUAAAUUUAGAGCGUUUACCUCCUCUGGGAAUGCUUCAAUUCCUUGAAUAUUUAGGGAUAGGUUAUGAUUUUCCAUUAAAAAAGGUGGGUGUUGAAUUUUUGGGAAUAGAAUUUGAAAACAAGAAAGACGGCAUGAUAAAAAUAUUCCCAAAUUUGAAAACUCUCCGGUUUAUGUGUUUGCACAAGUGGGAAGAAUGGAUUGGGGUUGAAGGGCAAGAAGCGGAAGAUUGUAUUAUUAUAAUGCCCCGUCUUCAAAAGUUGGUAAUUCACCAGUGCCCAAAGUUGAAGUCGCUGCCGGACUUCCUUUAUAAAACUUCAUUACAGGAGUUUCAAGUGAAUAGCAGCUCAAUUCUCCGCAAACGUUACCAAAGAGGGACAGGAGUGGACUGGCCCAAGAUUUCCUACAUCCCAAGCAUCAGGAUUAAUUAUAUUGAAGUGCAGAGAGACGGUCAAGAAGUUAUUCGACAAGCGAUGAUGAAGAAGAGUUUGACCAAGAAUAGCAUGUCUGAUGACGAAGAAGAGGGCCAAUGAUCUUUGUGGUUCACAAAUUUCAGCUACAAGUAGAGAUUUAUGUGUGUCUGUAUUGCUAAAGUUCAUUCUUGGAUUGAUUAAGUGUUGCAGAAGUCUGAUCCAGUCACAGAGUUUGAAGUGUUUCGUUACAUGGAAGGGUGAAUUACAGGGGGUGACCAUCAGGCAAGUAGAAGAAACUACAAAUACAUUGGCUUUGUUAGUUCGAUUAUAUACUCUUCUAAUGUUGAACUCAAAACUAUGGUCCAUAUGGGUAACCGCAUUUUGCUUUAGUGGUAAAUGGUCAUGCAAAUAACUGACAAUUUAUUUAGCACCAUAAUAAGGACAACAGGAGGUUUUAGUGACACCUUUGAAACUGUCUAUGGCAUUCACCUUUUCAUUGUGGUUUUCAUAGUGAUAGUAGAGCUUGCAUAUUAUAUCAUAUAGUGAUAAAUGAUAGUGAGAUAAGUAAUUGAUCAGCUUCUGGUUUUUUGUGGUGACAUUAUAUUUCUUCCUAGUGAUUUAAAAUUCUUAUAUUUUUCCAGAUUUGUUGAGAACUAAAGUUGUAGGCAUUAUCUUAAGUGUUGUAAUCUUUAUUUUAUUAAAGUGAAUUAAUUGGAUU